ACUUAAGGUUGGGUGGGUUUUGUGGGUUUCUGGAAGCCCAGACUAGUAUAAAUGGUCUUUGUAGAAGUGUGUAUCUCGGCAUAACGUUUCUUAGGGUUUACAUGGUGUGCAUCAGAAGUGAAAUAACAUUAGGAAAGACAAGUGAAAGCCUCCACUCCAAACUAGAUUUAAACUGACUAUAAAAUCUUGGGUUUGCCGUUUAUGUACUCUGAAGCAUAAGAGUAUUUUUAAAGGCAAUCUUGUAGUUUUUUUCAACACAAAAAAAAACAGGAAGAAGUGUUAAAUUAUAUAGCAGCUCCCCCUAUUGGGAGCGUGCUGCAAAUAAACACCAACAUGCUAGCUGAUACUUUUAACAGUAACUCUUGCCUCCUUUACUCUGUAUUAGUGUAAAGCAUUGGUUGUGCUCACCCAUGGAAUACGGCCUCUUUGGAAUGCGAGACAACUAAUUGACAUGCGUUCUGAUAAAAAAACUUUUUUGCCCUAAUCUGCCAAGUCACAAUAACACAAAUACCAACUCACAGAAAUGUAUGUCGUUCAUUAUUUUGUCAUUCUUGUAACAGAAGCAGGAUGAAAUAAGCUACAAAUAACGUUUUGGCUUCCUGAUCAACAAAUAUUUUUUGCCACAUAGGUUAAUAAUAUACAUUUGGCUCUUUGUCAUUUGCUCCUUCAUUGAAGCGUGCAAAUGACAAAAUAUCUGAUGAAAGGAAUUGAAUCUGUGAAGCGAUCUACAGUUUAAGUCUCUGCAUGUCGUUUCAAACUUUUCGGCACUUUGAUAAAAUAGCCAAUGUAGAUAAAAAGGGAGCUAAAAAAAUUAUCUGAGAACUUUUACACUUAAAUUGUCGUAAUGUGAUGGACAGAUUAUGGUGAACACACAGAAAACCCUGAGCCAAUUAACCCUUGAUAAUUCCCUGACCCUACCAAGGAAGGGUUGUGUCAGACACACACCAGUAAAGCGAGGGCAGGCUGCUUAUUGUUUUGUCACGUGCGGACUCAAGUUUUCCAUCUUGCCUGUAUUACAUCUACACCCAGCUGAGGAAUGCCAUUUUGCAGGUUGCAGGAGCCAGUAAUGAAAUAGGUGGAUUUCAUCCACCGAAUGGGUUCUGCCCUGCCAGUGUAGGGCGAAACGUCUGAGGAAGCCAAACGUUUACCUGUCUGUUGUGCGGUAUGAUUGACUCGUAAAGAACUGUAGGUCCAGCCAUGAGUAAUAUCACAACUUCUGACCCACAACCCUUCACGCCCAGAGCAGAAUACCUCAUAAUCCCCUUCCUGGCCAUCUUGGGGCUUCUGCUGGCACUGGCAAUUUGCAUAAGACGACGUCAGAGGAAUGACGCGCUGCGUCACAGACUCAUCCCCCUAAUCAGCUACAGUCAAACCAAACAGGAAUCAGAGAGCGAAGAAGACGGGGAUGAGGAUGACCCUGACGAAGACGAUCUGGAGGAGCCCCUCAGGAGUGAUGACCUGGCCUUCGACGGACGCCUCCUUUUUCACUCCAGCUCAGACCAAUGAGCGCUGACUGGCUGUUGGGGUCAGUGAUGUCACACCCCACUGUGCCUCAUGUCCUGGCCAAUCGGAUCUGGCUCCGUCAGCGGAGAUUUCGUCAUCCCUCGGUCGAUCCAGCUGAACAAAUCUCUCCCACUCCACCAACACCUAUUAUUGGGACUGACCCAGGCAGUGGGCAUACACUGGUCUCGGCUGAGGUGACACACAACAGACCCUUUGAGACUGCUGACAGCAUGGGAAGGCACAAAUGCAGCUCAUUAUUGACCAUGGAGAUUUCAACAGAGGAAGGCAGACGGAGCAGCCCACUGAUCUUAACCCAGAGAGGACGUGACAGCUCGACACUCAACCGAAUGCUGAGUUCAGUUAAAUCCCUCCACGCUAAACCGGGAUAUACAGUGCCAUACUGGACGAGGAAGAAAGCCAAGCAUAACAGAAAGCACUGUGCUCAUGAUUUGUCAUUGUAUUUUUAUUUAAAGUUAUACCGUUGUUUGAUUGUAAAAGUAUGCAGCUGAUUAUUUCCAAAUAAAAAGUGAAAAAUGACAAAAA